ACCAGUGUGCACACCGCGCGUAGAGCUCUCUCCCGCGCGCCGGAGUAUAGAAAGGAAACUUAGUGUCUAAUACAGUCUAGAUAUACUAGAAAUCAAGCAAAUAAUCGAAGAAAACUUAAAAUUAGAAAUUGUGAAAAAGAUUCUUGGUGAUUAAAAGAAAAAAUAUAAAAAAGUGAUUUAUCUAAAUUUCUUUAACCAAGUGAAAAUUGUAUAAAGGCUGGAAUACAAAAUGAAAAGAUGAAGAAGCAUAGAAAGAUGAAGGAUAGUUCAGCACCAAGAUAGUCGAGAUAGUCAAGAUAUCAGUCACAUCCCCUACACAGAUAGUCACUAUCUAUCAAUCUAAGGAGCAUUCAUAAAUGAACAACUUGAUUUAAUCCUCAAGUAAAUAAUCGUGAAACUAAAAACAAGUGAAUACAUUUUUAAAAUGGCGGAAGGUUUUAUCAGAACUUUAUUAACCCUAUGCCUGGUCUGGGGGUGGGCCGAGGGUAGGUCGACUAGUCUAGAGAUUCCAUGUGUCGAAUUUAGCAAUAAUAUAAAUAUCGACUGUCUGUGUUCUCUGAACGAGAUGAAUGCGACAAGGAUAAAUUGUGACAAUGUAGUUUUCGCUGGAGAUUUCCCUGUUCUACCGUACAGGUAUUAUAUCCAAGAGUUUACUCAGCGUAAUGUUGGUUGGCAACUCCUCCCUGCCCAGAUAUUCACUGCUAGUGAUAUACCGCUUAAACUCAUCGACUUCAGCAACAACGCCAUGAGGAGGCUGGUAGAGCGCUUGUUCGACGGAAUGGAGGACACUCUCGAGGAGAUCUACCUAAGCAACAACAAGCUGGGGGAUAACCUCAGCCCUGUCUUUAGCACUGGGGAGUUUCAAAACCUCAAGUUUCUCCGGGUUCUAGAUCUCAGCUAUAAUGGUAUCCGGGGUAUCUCGGAGAACUUGAUCAAGGGUUGUACAGAGCUAAAGGAAUUGAGGUUGGAUGGUAACAGUCUGACUAGGAUUCCUACGGAGUCCCUGAGUGGACCGGAUGCUCUUCAAAACCUUCAUCUUCAAGACAACGUCAUAGAGUCUUUGACGCCCUUGGUGCUAGCUUCCCAGCCUAAACUAUUGUCGGUCAACCUGACCAAUAACCUGAUUCGAGAGAUUCAAACGGGUGCAUUUGCAAACAUGACACGACUAGUUCGUCUUAUCCUCACUAAGAAUAGGAUAUCUAGACUUGAAGAGGGAAGUUUUACAGGGUUAAGUAACCUAGUUGAGCUGGAUUUGUCCAACAACUUCUUGACGAGUAUCCCUGUGUCUGCCCUCACCUCCCUAAAUAACAUCAAGUUCCUCAACAUGGGCUCCAACAGGAUUGAGACUGUAGUUGAUGCUGACCUGGAGAUGCUAAGUGAACUGGAGUACCUGGAUCUGAGUAGGAACCUGAUUAAGGAAAUACUUCCGGGCACUUUCCUUGGGAUGAACAGUCUCAAGGGACUGGAUUUCAGUGUCAACGUUGUUAGGAUGGUUGAGGAUGAUGCUUUUGAAGGAUUACAAGAUCUAGAGUACCUGGAUCUAAGUGAUAAUAAGGUUCUCUCACUCCCAGCCGUAUCCCUGAGCAGAUUACCCAACCUCAAGAGGUUGAAGAUAGACUACAACAGGAUUGGAGCACUAUCCUACGAUAUCUUGAAGUCGGUUCAAGGACUGGAGGAGCUCUCUCUAGCUUACAACAUCAUCAGAGAGAUCCCUGUUGGAACCUUCAAGGAGCUAAAGAGUUUAAAGAUUCUAAACCUGUUCGGGAACAAAAUUGCUGAAGUUAGCACGGAAACCUUUAUGGGGAUUGAGAAUAGUUUAGAAUACAUGGAUCUAGGAUUCAAUAUUAUUAGUGAGAUUAAUCAGAUCUCCUAUCCUAGUCUCAGAUACCUCAACUUGGAGAAGAAUAUUAUAGAAAACGUUACAGGGAUGUUUAACCUCCUUCAAAACCUUCAGGUUUUAAACCUCGGGGAGAACAAUAUAGAGACGUUGAGUCCUGAAACCUUUGCCGACAUGACAAAUCUGCUUCAUCUUAAUCUUUACAAUAACAAGAUCAAAAAUCUGAAUCCUGGCGUAUUAGAAAACAAAUUUUUGACCAAGGUUAACCUAAGCGGGAACCUAUUACAGGAAAUAGAAUCUAAAUCUUUCUCCGAUCUUCCAAUUCUAGAGGAGGUCGAUAUGAGUAACAAUUUAAUCGCUGUCAUUAAUACUGGAGCUUUUAAUGGGAUUCCACAUCUUAAACGUCUACAUCUUCAGAAUAAUAAACUCAUUAAUUACAAGGGGGAUAUUUACACAGGAGGAGAGAAUGAUACUGAGCUGGAGUAUCUAGAUCUGAGAGACAAUGAGAUAAACUAUCUAUAUCCGGAAUCUUUCUCCUAUUUCCCCAACCUGAAAUGGGUCAACCUUGCUCGGAACCGACUUCCAAUAUUUCCAACUCAGUUUAUAAAAGGACUAAAUCAUCUUGAGUAUCUCAACCUGGAGAGUAAUCAGAUUACCAGUCUGGAAGAUAAUGAUUUUGCCAACAUGCCAAGGUUAAGAUCCCUCCAUCUCUCCAAUAAUCAGAUUGGACCCAUCAGUGAAACAGCGUUCCAAAAUUCAUCCCAGCUCCAAUACAUAGAUAUCAGUCACAACAAUAUCUCGGAGCUCAAGGGAGAUGUAUUCAAUGGAAUUGUCAGAUUAGAAUUGGAUGCGAGUCACAACAACCUUUCAAAGAUCCCCAAAGAUAUUUUUGAAAAGAGGAAGGUGUUUCGUCUUGAAAUGAUUGAUCUGUCCUACAACUAUUUCUCCAGUAUCCCGGUUGACGUCUUACAAAACCAAUAUUUUAGUUUGGAAACCCUUAGAAUAUCCCAUAAUGAAAUCAAGGUUAUCCCGUCCGAUGCAAAUAUCCUGGUCAACGUCAAGGAAAUGGAUUUAUCGUUCAACCCCCUCAAUUCAGACUCCAUUAUAAAUGUUCUCAAUGAGCCAAAAACUGUGAGAUCCCUAAAUAUGGCUGGAACAGGGAUCGAAAAGGUUCCGGUUCUUGAAACUCCCUUCCUAAUCAAUCUAAACCUUUCUCACAAUAGUAUAAAAACCCUCAGUGAUGAUAUUCUAUCCAAGUCUAAGCUGGUUGAGAAUCUUGAUGUGUCACAUAACAAAAUUCCAAACCUUAGCUCUGGCUUAGCCUCAGCCUGGCUAGUUCUUACUCAUAUGAAGCAUCUCAACAUAUCCAGCAAUCCUAUCGCUUACAUCAUAAAAGGAGAUUUUAAGUACCUAAACAACCUUCAGACAUUGUCUAUGACACAUCUUGAUAAAUGUUCCAAGAUCGACAGAUCUGCCUUCACAAACUUGAUUGCUCUAAAAAGUUUAGAAAUGUACGGAUACCCUAAGGUCUCAUACAUCGAUGUGAAAGGAAUCCUUGAAAGUUUUAACACUCUUGAGCAUGCUUAUGUAGAAGUUAAAGAUCCUAUCGUAGGAGAUCAUCUUACCCCCGCCUUCUCACCUCGGCUCAGAAGUGUUGGAGUCAUGGGAGAUAGAAUAGAAAAUAUUGCUAUCUCUGCACUCCAUGGAAUCUCAAGUAAGGUUAUCAAUAUUGAAGUUUCUGACACUAACAUCAAGAACCUGCCCACAGCAAUAUUCUUCCCAGUUCCUAUGUCCAGCAAGAUUAAACUAAAUGUGAAGGGCAGCAAGCUGACCAGCAUAGGACCUCAGCUACUCAAUACUCUGGACAGCCAUCAACGUCAUAUUCGUCUGGAAGGAUUAUCCACCAAUCCAGUGUAUUGUGAUUGCAACGCCCGACCUCUACAACGAUGGUUAGAGUCUAAAUCUCUGGAGAAGACACUUUACUCCGAUCUAAAGGUGAUAAGAUGUGCUGCUCCUGACUACCUACAGGGUAAACUACUGGCCAGCAUCCCAGAGUCAGAGCUGACAUGUGAAGGACGUCCAACAACAACAACAACAGAGGUUUUCUACUCGACCAUCAGCACAACAUCAACAACUGAACUAGAUAUUAUCUGGAGACCGGAGACAACAACACCUAAACCUCAACCAACCUCAACAGAUGCCCAGGCUAGCCUCAACAAAUCCAACCAACCAGCUAACAUGGACUCACUAAUCAUCGGUAUAGUUGGUGGAGUUGUUGCUUUCAUUACUAUAAUCAUCAUUGUUAUUUGCAUCAUCAGGUUACGACUGGCAGACAACCAGUAUAGAGGAGGACCAUUAGCAGGUCCCCUGGCUAUGAGAGCUCAAGGAAAAUGUACUUGUCUUAAACCAAUGCAUCAUGCGCCUAUGACACCUCAGAUGUAUGGAAAUCAUGGUUUUAUCUCCUACCCUUCUACCCCGGUCCCACCUCAGGGCCCGCCCCUUGCUCUAACCUGGAAUGGAACAGUGACCUCACAGAAAAUGUUAUCCGGCCCCGCCUCCCACCAUGGAUCACACUUCGGCACAGUCGGUGCUAACAGCUACCUUUCCGCAGGUCAACGUUCCGCCGUGUCACGCCCUGGGUCAGUGUACCCCGGCGCACCCUACCCUGCUACUCCAUAUUAUGUAACAUUCCCGGCGGAUUCAGACACAGAACAGGACAGACGGAGUCACAGAUGAUCUGAUAUUUCGGUCAACAUAAAUUCCUCGCAUAUUCAUUCUGAUAAAUACCUUUAACCAUACUCUGAGUCAUACUCAUGAACUCUACAGUACCUGUAUAUGCUCAUAUAUGUACUCUUCUCAGUGAUUUAGAUCAAAUUAAACACAUAUAGACCAGUUGUUCGUUAGUGUACAGUGUUGCAUGUACAUUCAAAGACAAUUCUCUGGAACCUGACGUUUUAGACGACACUGUUAGCUAGAACAUCAAAAAAACAAUGUAGGGAAGUAAAUAUAACAAUUUUAGCUCGGUAUUGACCGGUAUUGUCCAGUGUUGACUGGCAUUGACCAGUCUAAACCUGUUUUGACUCGUUCUUUUCUGUAAAAGUAUACUGUUAAAAGUUUUGUCUUUAUGGAAUAGUAAAACACAUCAAAAAAUCUAGAAAUAUUAAAUUAAGAUUAAAAAUUUAAUACUACUUGAAAUAUAAAAUGAUUUAUGUGCUAAUAAAUCUAACAGAAUUGUAACUUUUUACAGUUUAGCAGUCAUUGUUAUUAUCAUCGUACUUAUUAUAUAAUUGUUGUUGCUUAUGUUUUGUUUCUU